AUGAAUCUUACUAAGUUCCCUCUUAAUCCUGCAGUGAUCAUCAACUCUGAAAAAUCAUAUUCAUCCAAACCUAAUGUCACCAAGAAGAUCUAUUGCGGUACUGUUACAAUUACGUCUUUACCCUCAUCACUUUCAUCAGAUAGGGUUUGUAACAAUUCUGCUAGUUUACCUCUUAACUGGAGGGAUAUUCAAGGUUUAAACAACUGGGAAAAUCUCAUCCAACCCUUAAGUCCUCUUCUCCAAGAUGAAAUAAUCCGUUAUGGCAAGUUUGUCACCGCUUGCUAUGAAGCUUUUGAUCUAAACCCCAAUUCCAAACGCUACUUGAACUGCAAGCACAGCAAGAACCGAAUGUUUUUAGCGGUAGGAUGGGGAGACUGUGGUUACACGGUUACAAAAUAUGUUUAUGCCACCGCUAACAUCAACGUUCCUAUCCAAAAUGGUGGUUCGUGUGCCCGGUGGAUAGGGUACAUUGCGGUGUCAUCGGAUGAGGAGGUGAAGAGGAUUGGGAGGAGGGACAUUUUGGUAACUUUCCGUGGAACAGUUACUUAUCAAGAAUGGAUAGUGAACUUCAUGAGUUCACUAUCCCCUGCGAGGUUGGAUCCUAAUGAUCCAAAACCUGAUAUUAUGGUUGAAGCUGGUUUCCUCAACCUAUAUACUUCUUCUGAGACCAACGUCAGGUUUGGUCUUGGAAGUUGCCGAGAACAACUUCUUUCAGAAAUUUCUCGGCUUUUAAGAAUAUAUAAAAAUGAAGAACUAAGCAUAACGUUAGCCGGGCAUAGCAUGGGUAGCUCAUUGGCUAUGCUGCUCGCGUAUGACAUAGCAGAAGUUGGAUUGAAACAACCCUCGGUCCCAUUAACUGUUUUUUCAUUUGCGGGACCCAGGGUUGGGAAUGUCCAUUUCAAGGAACGGUGUGAGGAGUUGGGAGUUAAAGUUCUUAGGAUCGUUAACGCAAACGACCCUAUAACAAAACUCCCAGGGAUUAUAUUCAACGAGUCUUUUAGUACUUGGAGGAGUGCUUGUUAUGCUCACGUUGGUAUUGAAUUGGUGCUCGAUUUUUUCAAAAUCGAUGACAUUCUCUGUGUUCAUGACAUGCAAACUUAUAUUGAAAUGAUCAAGAAUUGCCCAAGGAGAUCAAGAAUCCGAAGGAAAGGGGUGGAUAUGAUCAAAAAGUUGAAAGAAAUGAACAUGACUUCAGUAGCAUGGAUAUAUGUUGCAACAACAUUGGUUGUUUUGCUUACCAUACUUGUGUAA